AUGAUCUGCAACUCACAUACUAUCAACUAUCAUCUUCUUUUGUUUCUUCUUGUUGUGCACAUAAUUGGGUCUCUCUUACUUCAACUUUGUGAAGGAAGAGAGACAAUAACAAUUGACAAUGAGAUCAGAGACGACAAUGAAACGCUAGUAUCAGCUGGAGAACGAUUUCGAUUGGGUUUCUUCACUCCAGAAGGAGUCCAUAACAAAGAGAGAUUCGUCGGGAUAUGGUACUACAGAGAUCCAAAAACAGUUGUAUGGGUGGCCAACCGAAAUGAAUCUCUCUCCGAUUCCUUUGGAGUUUUUGGCAUUGCUGAUGAUGGCAACCUCAAGGUACUCGAUAGAAAUAAAACUUACUUUUCCACUGAUCUCGAAAGCUCUUCUGCUUCUAACAGGACAGUGAAGCUGUUUGAUUCUGGAAACUUGGUUUUAAUUGAUAAUCAAUCAGGAAGUGUUUUAUGGCAAAGCUUUGAUCACCCAACAGACACUUUUCUCCCCGGAAUGAAGAUGGAUGACAAAAAAAAAUUGACCUCAUGGAAAAGUGCAAAAGACCCAGGAAGGGGAAACUUUACGUUCGAACUAGAUGAAGAACUCAGCAACGGACCUAUUUACCUCACCCGGCAAAGAACGACGACAUACUGGAAAAGUGGAGAUUCAGGUGGAUUCGACAGCCCCAACGAAUUGCCCUCAGGAGUGGCUUACUUGCUCUCAAAUUUUAGUACGAAGUCAAAAAGGUACAAAAAUCUUAUAGUUACUGAACGCUCUUACAAUAAUACGAGGCUGUUGAUGAACUCCUCUGGCGAGAUACAAUAUUUUAAUUGGAGUAACGGUAACAACUUGUGGUCGUUGAUAUGGUCAGAGCCUCGCGACAAUUGUAGUGUAUAUAAUUUUUGUGGCAAAUUUGGUAGCUGCAACAGCCAGAAUAGUACAGUGUGCAGCUGUGUGGCAGGGUGUGAGCCUGUUUCACCGGAAAACUGGGUUACGGGAGAUUUUGAAAGUGGGUGUACUCGGAAAUCACCAACAUGCAACAAGGAGGGGAGUGAUAUUUUUCACAACUUGAUGCUGAUGAAGGUGGGGAAACCGGACUCGCAGUCGUACGACGCGGCCGAUAGUGAUGAGGCUUGCAGAAAGGAGUGUCUUGACAAUUGCCAUUGCCAGGCUUAUUUAUAUAAUGGAGGCAAUGAUACAGGAAGGGUAAGUGAUAACAGUACACAUGGAUGCUGGAUUUGGAACACGGAUCUCAUCAAUCUUCAGGAGGGAUACCCCGACUAUAACCUUUCGAUCCGUGUGGCAGCUUUCGAGAUAGGAGGCGGAAACCCUAAUAACCAAUCAAAAGUGCCUCAGAAUAGCGAGACAGUCCCUCUGAAAACCGUGAUUAUAUCUACAACUCUGAUUUUCCUGAUCCUUCUAUUAUGCAGCUUUAGCUAUGUUGUUUAUCGACGAAAAACGGCAGCCAAAAGAAGAGAAACCAGAGAAGGCAUGCGUGGGAAUCCUUUAACGCACUUACAUGACAGCGAACGACAAGUCAGAGAAUUGAUAGGUACAAGCCAUUUUAAAGAUGAUGACAAGGAAGCCAUUGAUGUACCUUUUUUUGAUAUGGAAAUCAUACUAGCAGCUACAAAUAACUUCUCCGAUGAAAAUAAACUGGGACAAGGAGGAUUUGGGCCCGUUUACAAG